AUGCGCCCUGUCGUCCCCGAUUACCUGCAGUCCCCGGCUCGCAAGUCCGCCUCGUGCGAACAGCCUGUUCCGUCGUGGGCCGACAACCAGACCACCUUCUUCCUGGCCCGCGAAACAGACGACGACCUGAUCUCCUCCAGGCAGAGCAUCUCUCCGCGAGAGAGCAUGUACGGCGUUCAGAGCCUCGAGGAAACAAUAAUCACAGCAGACAGCUGUGUACCGGUCAGAGAUAUCACCCCCAAGGAUGUCGAACCACCCAGACGCCGCACGACGCUCAAGCCAUCAGAUCUGUUGCACCAUGUUGACCGGUCCGAUCUUGCUUCGCACGGUCGAGUCUCGCCCAUAGCCGCGCCGUCCCGUCCCUUGACGCCGUUUGGCCUGCAGGACGACCCGUCGUCCUUGCCCAGUAGCCCCAAGUCGACAUCUACCCGAUCGCUGAAACCGUUGGAUGAUCUGUCUAUCACGGACGAAAUCAACAGUCAAGUGUUAGCGUCCAGCGGGGAAGAAGAGGAUGAGGUUCCGGAGACUGGUGAUAAGCCAAAUGAUAGCUCAUCUCAACUUAUCAUGCCGAGUAUCCGAAUGCCUAGUAGACGUCCGUUCACGGAUAGAGGUAAGGGCUUUGGCAGAUUUAAGCUUCUGGUAGCCGGGCCCAAAGGCUCUGGAAAAUCAUCGUUGAUCAAGUCCAUAGUCCAAGCCUGUGACGAUAUAGUCCAUGUUGACCCGGUAGAAAGAUCAACCUUGCAUGAGAGUCACCGGCCACGUGCUUCCACAAACCCCAGGACUGCCGCUACCGUUACCCUUUCGGAGAUCUACGCGAGCACCAAGCCAUACCCUCCGUGGUGGUCUGAUCUCGAGGACUCGCGUGUCCUUAGACGGCGUAAAAACUCUGGCGAGAUUGUGCUGGAAAGAAAUCUGUGUUUCGUUGAUACAGUAUUAUCUAACAAAAACCGACUAAACCAAACCGAAACCAUUAUUCAAUACAUGAGGCAGCAGCUGUCCCGUGCUGUGACCGCCGUGAGACACCCUAGUCUUGAUUUUCAAAAUAUGCUAGGAGGUAACGGGGGCUCACAAGUUGAUGUGUUACUUUAUCUUAUAUCAGAAGAAACACUGUCGUCUGAUGUAGAAUGUAUUCACAAGCUCUCUGAUUUUACCAACGUUAUUCCUUUAAUCUCCAAAGCCGAUUUACUCUCCGCUUCUCAAAUCACCGAUCUCAAAAAGUCGUUCCAUUCGCACAUUGAAGGUCGCGGUAUCCGUCCAUUCUUCUUCGAGAGUUCAGGCUCGCACGAAGCCUCAUCCCCGCAGUCCCCUUUUGCAGUUUCUUCAGCCCGAUCGAGUGAUGACGAUAAUAUGGACGCCAGUGUCCUGAUGAGCCCAGACUAUAUCCAGCCUUUAUUCCCAUCCGAGCUCAGUGGUUUGAUAGACAAGAUAUUCGAUUGCGAUAAUAUGUCCUGGCUGCGUCACUCAGCAGCCAAAAAGAUUAUUCAAAACGGAAGCUCAGGUCCUCCAUAUCAACCAGAGCCCGUUUUCCCAAAGACUUUACGCCAGCGCUCUAUCAGCCCCGCUAGGUUCUCCCCAUCUCCAGGUCUGACCUCGAACUUUCUUUCCUUGGAAGGGGCCCCUGGCUAUGCGAUGGCACGAGUAACAGACUAUACCCAGAACGAGGAGAAAUUGGCGCGAGUGCGCCUUGCGAAAUGGGCCGCGGAUCUGCAACAAAGCUUACAGAAUGAGCGCGAGCGAUAUGCUGCUCUUGCACGGGGCGAUCGAGCGGUCUGGCUGACGGAGCGACUAGGCGAAUGUGUUGUCGAUGGUAGCCUCGUUCCAAUCCACCAAACACCCGGCUUUCCUACGUGGACGUUCGGCACAGACAAGGCAGGCGGCGUCUUAGUCCGCACGUCGAAUGGGCAGACAGGGAAAUAUCGUCUCACCAAACUCAACCCCAAAGAUCCUCUUGGUCUAGUCCGUUGGAACGACGACCUGCGUCGACGGGGCUGGAUUAUUGUUCAAGUAGUCGGGAGCUUCGGCGUGGUAGGGGGUUUGGCGCUCUGGCUGGCAAAGCUCUGGGGUUUACCGUCUCAGAGCUUGUCCGAAUGGCAGUUCCACUGGAUCAGUUCGCAAGACUAG